GGGCCCCAGUGGAUGGCAAGACCCCCCACCCCACCCAGAGUACUACACAUAUGCGUUCUGAGGGGGUCUUCUUUUCCUGGCCAUUUGCCUCCGCCGCCCGCAACCCCUCUUAAGAGCCUGCAGUCGCGGGCGGGCUGUGCGAGAUCCGCAGCACUUCCUGAGCUGGUAAACUCCGCCGAUCAGCUGUUUGGUGGCGUUCCGGUUCCCUCUAGUGGUCAGCUGCUGAGCGGGGAAGCGGGCCGGGCAGAGCUCUCGCCUCCACGUUCCCCGCCUUUCUCCUGCCACUCUCAGAAGCUCCAGGGCAGCCCACUUCAGCAACGUGGCCCCUGGAGCCUCCCAGAUUCUCCUCUAAACGCGGGCCUGCUGAAAAUGGCAUCCACGGCUCUGCGACCAACAAAGAAGGCCUCGGCUAGGCCAGCAGCGACAGGGGAGGACAUGGCCAUGCAUACUGCGCUACCCAGGGCACAGCCACAGCAAUGGGUGGUCACCAGGAGCACCGCUUCAGCCCAGCAGGAGGUGGUGAGCGCGGCCCAUGCAGGGCCUAGUCAAUCCUCUGUCCCUUUAUCAGGGGACCCCUCGGGGUCAUCUAGUCCAGCCCCACCUAGUCCUUCUGCCAGAACUGUAACACAGCUGCCAUCUGAUAUGCCUACCUCCUGGGGGUUGUGGAUAGAGAACCUUCUCUCUACUGCUUUUGAAAAAUAUGAUGCCUUGCAAUCAAAAAGGCGGAAGCGCUCUAGGCAGUCCUCCUGGGCCACCUCCAGCGCUGAAUCAUCACUUUCUGAAACUCCUGCCCCUAAGAAGGCAAGAAAAAACAUACUAAAAAAUCCAAAAUGUCCAGGUCCGGGUCCAGGCAGCGGGAAACCAUUGCCCACUCCUCUGAGGGCUCUGAUCAAGGGUCCCCUCUCCCUGGGCUCACUUCCCUCAAAGAUACAGUGAACUUGGCUAGCGAGACUGCCCAGGGCGUGGUUCCCCACCCCUGCUCUAAGACAAACUCCUGGUUCUCCUGGGGACCCCAUCCAUCCAGCGGAUCCUUUAGGCCAGGAGAACGCAGACCAUCCUAGAUCUGAGGGCAAAUGGUCUGACUCCCUUGAACCAGAUUCACCCGAGGCGACCCUCAGGCUUCUUCAGGUCCCAGAUUUGGUCCCCCUGAUGUCCAAAACUGUAAUAGCCCUGGGGCUGCCCCCCUCCCUCCGCUUCUCAGGAGGCCCAGCCUGCCAGUAAAAGUGCUUUAGUUUUUCUCGGCUCCAAACAGUCUGCUAUGUUCCUCCUACUGCCUAAGCAGUUUGUGGAAGCAGCCAAGGCCGAAUGGUCGCUUUCCACCCCCUUUAAAAUGGCUACCGCCGUGGCUAACAAAUUUUACACCUUCCAGCAAGAGGGUAGUGAAAUAUUCAAAUACGCCUCCCACAGAUGCCCCCAUCAUCCGAUUGAUUUCUGGUUCAGUGCUGUCCAGAGACGGUGAGUCCGCCCUCAAGGACCUGGCAGACAAGUGCAUGGAGGGUCCCUAAAGCGCAUUCACGAUUCUUCAGCCUUAUCCAUGAGGGCCUCGGCAGCAGCCUCUAGGGUAGCACGGGCUCCCCUUAUCUGGCUGGAUGAUUUGAUACAAGAUCCUCCCUCUGACCCAAUUCGACUGCACCAGACUCUCCUAAAACUACACAAGGUGCAAGCAUUCAUGGCAGAUGCCACCCUUGACGGGCUGCGUUUUGCCUCUAAGGCAGCUACUGCCUCUGUGGUAGGCAGGCGCCACUUAUGGCUAAAAUACUGGCAAGUAGAUGCCACGUCUAAGACCAAUUUGGCUUCUGUUCCAUAUGAUGACCAAAAAUUGUUUGGGGAUGUGCCUCUCAGCAAGGUCCUUAUUGAAUCUAAGGACAAGAAGAGGGCUAUGCCUUCUGCCACUAAAAAACAGGACCAUCCCCAGGGCAGGCAGUACUUUCAGCCUUUUCGCUCCUUUUGAUCCUCCUUCACUGGCAGGGACAGGGGGUCUAGGGCUCAUCGCCCCCACUGGGGUAGAGCCAGAACACUUAGACAGCAGUUUGGGAACAGGUCCUCCUUCUCAUUCCAAUCCAAACAGCCUAAACGGCAGGCAUGGCGAGACGGGAGAGGUGCCCCUAGGUGGUCACCUCUCCUCUCACUGGCACACUUGGGAGGCCACCACUUCAGACCUGUGGGUACGUAAGGGAGGGCUACUCCGUUAGGGAUGGCUACUCCAUUGAACUGUCCAGCCAACCCCCCCACAGGUUCCUCCCUUGUCCAAGCAAAAACAAAAGCGUCAGGGCCUUCUGGAGGCAAAUUCACCAUCUUCAGGUCAUAGGCCCCAUAGAACCAGUGCCCGACCAUCAGCAAGGCCUGGGCGUCUACUCGAUCAUCUUUACAGUGCCCAAGAAAGACGGGUCAUUGCAUGCUGUUCUGGACCUAAAGCAUGUCAACCACUUCAUCUGCAAGCGCACCUUCCGCAUGGAGUCCUUGAGAUCCAUCGCAGAGGCCCUGCAUCACCUAGAUCUACUCAUGUCCAUAGACCUCAAGGAGGCCUAUUUGCACGUGCCCAUUCACCGGGACAGUCGCCAUCUCCUCCACUUUCUGUAUGUGGGAGUACACUACAAGUACAAAGCUCUUCCCUUUGGCCUCUCAUCAGCCCUGCACAUCUUCACAAAGGUCCUGGCCCCCGUGAUAGCGCACCUCAGACUUUAGGGCGUGAGGAUUUUUUGGUAUCUGGAUGACCUUCUUCUUCAGUCAGUCACGCCAGUCUGCCCAACUGGACCUGCAGACCACCAUCCAAACACUCAACGCUCAUGGGUUCAUCAUAAACGAGACAAAGAGCCAACUGCUACCAUCGCACUAGAUUCUCCACCUAGGAGUCCUGAUAGACACCCAGCUGGACAAACUCUUCCUGCCUCAGGACCGAAGACAUACCCUGGAAUCAGAGGUAUGCUAGGUCCUGAAAUCCAACUGCACUCCCAUCAUGGCUCUGUCCAGACUCCUAGGCCUGAUGGUAGCUAGCUUACAGUCCAUACCUUCGGGACGUUUCCACCUGAGGCCCCUGCAGUGGUUCCUCCUCCCAUUUCAUGCAGACAUAGCUGUCAAGUCCAGCAGGCGGGUGAGUCUGCCCCAGGAGGUUCAGCACUCCCUACACUGGUGGAUCACUGCUCCACACCUAUCGGUGGGAAAGGAGUUCCAAGAUCCCCCCAGGAUCAUCGUGACUACAGAUGCCAACCGAAGAGGAUGGGGAGCUCACUGUCAGGAACUCUCUGUACAGGGAAAAUGGUCAGCAGAAGAACGCCAACACAGCAUAAACUGGCUAGAACUCAGAGCCAUUUGCCUAGCCCUACAGGAGUUCGAGCUCUCUCUGCAUCACCGCCACGUACUGAUCCGCACGGACCCUACCACGUGAAGGCCCAUGUGAAUUGACAAGGGGGCACCAGGUCCUGGUCCCUCCAGGCGGAGACAACAUUACUGUUGCACUGGGCAGAACUCCACAUAACAUCCUUGAUGGCACAUCACAUGCAGGGGAAUCUGAAUACUAUAGUGGACUGGCUGAGCCGCUCGGAUCUCCUCCCAGGGGAAUGGCGCCUGCGUCCAAAGAUAUUUCACCUCAUCACAGAACACUUCGGACUUCCCCUAGUGGACCUAUUCGCAACACCAGCCAACACCCAUCUACCCUGCUUCUUCACGAGGUUUCCCUGCCAGCAGGCGGAAGCGGUGGACGCUCUCUCGGCUCCAUGGCCGCGGGGCCUCUAUGCCUUCCUUCCCACCCCCUUCUAGCGAGGGUCCUUUGCAGAGUCAAACUCCUUUGAUCCCAGAUCAUCCUGGUGGCCCCGUACUGGCCACGGAGGCCAUGGUUCACAGAGCUUCUCAACCUCACCUCCAAACCCCACCUGCUACUGCUACUGCUACUGCCCGUUACGCCAGACCUUCUGCAACAGGGGCCGGUUUCCCAUCCAGAUCCAGGCUAGUUAAAGCUAGCCGCCUGGAAACUGAAUGGUGCCUCCUGAAGCACCAUGGAUACUCGGCAUCAGUCCUAAACACUAUGCUAGCUUCCGGACGUUCGUCCACCAACUGGAUAUAUCAAUCCAUGUGGAGAGCCUUCCUACACUGGUCAGACUGCCACGGGGUCCUGAGAGGGUCCGCCUCUGUCCCUCACCUUCUGCAGUUCCUGCAAGAUGGCCUGGACAAGGGUCUAUCCGCAAACACCCUGAAACGGCAAGCUUCUUCCCUCGUGGGUCUAAUAUCGGGUACUUCUAAAAGUGCUGGCCAUUGCCAUCCGCACCUGAGACGUUUUCUGCAGGGCGCUACACUCCUUUCUCCUCCGGUGGUUCAUCAUUUUCCCACCUGGGAUCUGCAUGCUGUUCUCAAGGCCCUCCAGGGCCCCCCCCCCUUCGAAUCAUUGUCUGCUAUUUCCUUAUGCAUACUCUCACUCAAGCUCGCGUUCCUAGUAGCCAUCACCUCUGCAUGCAGAGUUUCUGAGCUCAGGGCUCUUUCGGUUCACAAAAGCCUCUGCAUUUUUUCCAAGGACUCUGUGAGGUUAAUCCCAGACCCCUUUUUUCGCCCGAAGGUAGCAUCUCCUUUUCACAUGUCUCAAGACAUAGUGCUUCCUUCCUUUUGCCCUCACCCAGUUGACCCGACUGAAAAGGCGUGGCAUAAACUUGAUGUCCGCAGGUGCUUAAAAACCUACAUAAGGCGGACCAAACAGAUUCGGACCUCUGAGGCCCUAUUCAUGUUCUUUCUGCCACGAUCUAUGGGCCAGCCAGUAACACCUGCCACCCUAGCUAUGUGGCUCAAGGCGUGCAUUUCUCUGGCAUACGAGUCCCAAGGCCGUAGGGCACCCACCAAGGUUUUGGCCCAUUCUACGAGGUCAGCAGCCACCUCAGCAGCCUUCUCCACAAACGCCCACAUUCAGGAUAUCUGCCGAGCACUGACCUGGCGGGCCCCCUCUACCUUUACCAGACAUUAUAAACUAGAUAUCUAUGGAUCUGCCCAGGCAGUGUUUGGGAGGCGUGUCCUCCAGCAGGUGCUCCCUGCAUGGUAGUCGCUGGUAUCCUCUCUAUUGGGACUGGAGCUUUGGUAUGUCCCAUCAGUCAGACACCCUUGGACCCAUAGCACCUUGGACCCACCUUGGACCCAUAGCAGCAGAGAACGGAGCAUUGGUUACUCACUGUGAAGGCUCCUUCUUGCUGCGGGGUCCAAGGGCAUCUCGACCCUCCCUUGUGCCAGUUCCUACCGUCCAGGUCUCAGGUUGUUGUAUUCUGCUAUGUGUUUGCCAUAAGUUGGCCUAUUUGGUAUUUUUUCUGUUGGGAUGUGUUUAACUAGUUUUUCACCUAGUUUAACAGACGUGCCUUCACAUCGUUGUUCCUGUCGCUUCUGGUACUAAAAGAACUGGGGAGGGACCUGCUCCUCCCGAACUUAAAGCUUUGCUAAUUACAUAGUCCUGCCUCUUGGAGUCAUGUGGGUCAAAAUAACCCAUCAGUCAAACGCCCUUGGACUCUGCAGCAAGAAGGAGCCUUCACGAUGAGUAACCAAUGCUCCGUUUCAGUUGAUGACUGAUAAGAGAAGUGGUUACCUUUGUGCACAAAAGUGUGUUUGGCAUGUUUUUGAAGUAUUUCAAACUGGCCAGGCAUCUUCCUCUUGAAUGUGCUGUUUUCAGAUUGUAAGCAUUCUGCAGAUAAAAAACUUGGGUGUUUGGCUUAUAUUAGUAUUUGAAACUGCCUUCCUUGAC